AUGCCGCUUGCCAUAACUUCAAAGUCCGAUGAUGUGGCUCUCAGCCGGCGUAUGGCGCUUGCAGGCUCUUCUGGGCCGCUGGCUGCUUUUCAAAACUUGCGCGUCGUCGGUAUUGCCCUAUUCGCUUGCCUCGGCGGAUUGUUGUACGGCUACAAUCAAGGUGUUUUCAGCGGCGUAUUAACCAUGACCUCAUUCGACAACCACAUGGGUGUCUACACAUCCAACACAACCAAAAAGGGUUGGCUGACUUCUAUUCUGGAGCUGGGCGCUUGGUUCGGAACUCUCUACUCGGGAUUUUUAGCCGAGGUGCUCAGUCGGAAGUACGCCAUUUUGAUUAACACGGCCAUCUUUGUGUUGGGUGUCAUUAUCCAGUGUACGGCCGUCACUUCAUCCGGUGCAAGUUCCAUUCUUGCGGGUCGUUUUAUUACUGGUAUGGGGGUUGGGUCGUUGUCGAUGAUUGUGCCGAUGUACAACGCCGAAUGCGCACCUCCUGAAAUACGUGGUCUACUUGUCAGUUUGCAACAAUUCUCCAUCGAGUUUGGCAUAGUCAUUUCCUUCUGGAUUGAUUAUGGAACCAACUUCAUCGGUGGUACUGGGCAGGGCCAAAGCGAUGCGGCCUGGCUGGUGCCACUGUGUCUGCAACUUUUUCCCGCCGUCAUUCUCUUUGUUGGCAUGAUAUUCAUGCCCUUCUCACCCCGGUGGCUUGUUCACCAUGGUCGUGAAGACGAGGCCCGCCGCGUUAUUGCAAUGCUGCGCGGUGGCGGCGCCUCAAUUAACGAUGAGGCGGUCGAGCUCGAAUUUCUCGAAAUCAAAGCCCAGUCCAUGUUUGAAAAGCGGUCGACAGCGGAAAGCUUUCCACAUUUGGCAGAGCAAACUCCCUGGAAUACCUUCAAGUUGCAGUUUGUUGCUAUCAGUUCCCUCUUCAGGACUAAGCCCAUGUUCCGUCGGGUCAUCGUCGCCACGGUGACUAUGUUCUUUCAGCAGUGGACUGGAAUAAAUGCAGUUUUGUAUUAUGCCCCGAGUAUUUUUGCUGCGUUGGGCUUGUCUAGUAAUACCACCUCCUUGUUAGCUACUGGUGUCGUUGGUAUUGUUAUGUUCAUAACCACCAUUCCGAUGAUGGUUUACGUCGACAGAAUCGGACGCAAGCCGGUUCUGAUUGCAGGGGCCAUUGCCAUGGGUAUCAACCAUCUGAUAAUAGCCAUUAUCUUUGCGAGAGAGCAAAACCAAUGGCCCACACACAAGGCAGCCGGCUGGGCUGCCAUUGUUAUGGUGUGGCUAUUCGCUGGAAACUUUGGCUGGUCUUGGGGCCCAUGCGCGUGGAUUAUAGUCGCUGAAGUAUGGCCUCUAAGCGCGCGACCAUACGGCAUUGCUUUAGGUGCGAGCUCAAACUGGAUGAAUAACUUCAUCGUCGGACAGGUAACCCCCGAUAUGAUCUCGGACAUGACGUAUGGCACCUUUAUCUUUUUCGGAUUGAUGACUUUGCUGGGGGCCGGUUUUGUGUGGCUCUAUGUGCCUGAAACGAAGCAGUUGACUCUUGAAGAAAUGGAUGUUAUCUUUGGUAGCCAAGGGGUCGCUGUUGCGGAUAAGGAGAGGAUGGAACAGAUCUACCGCGAACUGGGACUGAUGAAUGAUGUGCACGGCAUAGAAGUGAAGGAGAGUGAGAUCAAGGCAGAGUAG